GACACGAAGCACUGCAUGCGACGCACGCGAGAGGUGCAGCGGAGAGAUGCGAUUGGUGCCCUAUACAAGAAGACUCGAGCGAUUCCGCAAUAGUCAACCACAGCGGACGGAGAGAGAGAGAUCUUAACGGGAACUUAACCACAUGUUUAAAUGAGCGUCUUGCGCACAUUAUUUAGGAUCACAUAUUCACAGGAAUAUCCUGUCGUCGUUGUGGGGAUGUGAGGAUUCAACCAUUUCUGUCAAAGAUAGAAAAACGCAACCGGCGAGUUAUCCCAACAACUAGCUAGCCAGCGUUUACUUAGCUAGCGUGCUAACCGUUAGCCCUCAAGCUUCGCAACCACCAUUCAAUUUCGGUCCGGACUCCAAAUCAGCCGGCCAUCCCGUGUCGGUGUCCAAAGAGCAAGCAAAGUGUGUUGCGGGACACUUCCAACAAAGCGACUGUGUCAUUUAACGGAAGAAAGCGCCUUCAAAGGUGAAGGUUGGAGGCGUAGGACGAAGGGAAGCGGUGUCCUCAAGUGACCAUUCACCAUGGACAACGCACACACAAAGACGGUGGAAGAAGUUUACAGCUUCUUUAACGUUAAUGAAAGCACCGGUCUGGGUCUAGAGCAGUUCAAGAAACAGCGAGAGAAAUAUGGACCCAACGAAUUGCCAGCGGAAGAUGGUAAAUCUCUUUGGGAGCUAGUGGUUGAACAAUUUGAAGACUUGCUCGUGAGAAUCCUUCUUCUCGCUGCCUGCAUAUCUUUUGUUCUUGCUUGGUUUGAAGAAGGAGAGGAGACCGUCACAGCUUUCGUGGAGCCCUUUGUGAUCCUCCUGAUUCUGAUAGCAAAUGCUAUUGUAGGAGUAUGGCAGGAGCGCAAUGCAGAGAAUGCCAUAGAAGCGCUGAAGGAGUAUGAACCAGAGAUGGGGAAGGUUUACCGCCAGGACAGGAAGAGUGUCCAGAGGAUAAAGGCCAGGGACAUCGUGCCUGGAGACAUUGUGGAGAUUGCUGUUGGUGACAAAGUGCCCGCAGAUAUCCGGAUAUCGUCUAUCAAGUCCACCACACUGCGUGUGGAUCAGUCUAUUCUCACAGGAGAGUCCGUGUCCGUCAUCAAACACACGGACCCAGUGCCGGACCCCCGUGCGGUAAACCAGGACAAAAAGAACAUGCUCUUCUCGGGCACCAACAUCUCCGCCGGAAAGGCCAUCGGCGUUGUUGUAGCGACGGGUGUCAACACAGAGAUUGGCAAGAUCCGUGACGAGAUGGCGGCCACGGAGCAGGAGCGCACGCCUCUGCAGCAGAAGCUGGACGAGUUCGGGGAGCAGCUCUCCAAGGUCAUCUCGCUGAUCUGCAUCGCGGUGUGGAUGAUCAACAUCGGGCACUUCAACGACCCGGUCCACGGAGGCUCCUGGAUCCGCGGCGCCGUCUACUACUUCAAGAUCGCAGUGGCUCUGGCCGUAGCGGCCAUCCCAGAGGGUCUGCCUGCCGUCAUCACCACCUGCCUGGCCCUGGGCACCCGCCGCAUGGCCAAGAAGAACGCCAUCGUCAGGUCCCUGCCCUCCGUGGAGACCCUGGGCUGCACCUCGGUCAUCUGCUCCGACAAGACGGGCACCCUCACCACCAACCAGAUGUCUGUCUGCAGGAUGUUCAUCAUGGACAAAGUAGAGGGGGAUGGUUGCUCUCUCAAAGAGUUCACUGUGACCGGCUCCACAUACGCCCCCGAAGGACAAGUGUUCCAUGAUGGUAAACAAGUCCAGUGUUCCCAGUACGACGCUCUGGUGGAGCUGGCUUCUAUCUGCGCACUGUGCAACGACUCAUCGCUGGACUUCAACGAGGCCAAGGGAGUGUUUGAGAAGGUGGGAGAGGCCACGGAGACAGCCCUCACCUGCUUGGUGGAGAAGAUGAACGUGUUUGACACGGAGCUCAAGGGCCUGACAAAGAUUGAGAGAGCCAAUGCCUGUAACUCAGUGUUCAAGCAGCUGAUGAAGAAAGAGUUCACCCUAGAGUUCUCCAGAGACAGGAAGUCCAUGUCUGUGUACUGCACCCCGAACAAAGCCAGGGCCUCCAUCGGCAAGAUGUUUAUCAAGGGAGCUCCAGAGGGCGUGAUCGACCGGUGCACCCACAUCCGCGUUGGCAGCAGCAAGGUUCCCCUGACCGCCGCCAUCAAGGAGAAGGUGCUGUCUGUGAUCCGGGAGUACGGCACCGGGCGGGACACGCUGCGCUGCCUGGCGCUGGCCACCCGCGACAACCCGGGCAGGAAGGAGGCCAUGGCGCUGGAGGACUGCAACCGCUUCGUCGACUACGAGACCGACCUGACGUUUGUGGGCUGUGUGGGCAUGCUGGACCCCCCUAGAGCAGAGGUGGCUGCUUCCAUUAAACUGUGUAGCCUGGCGGGCAUCAGAGUCAUCAUGAUCACCGGAGACAACAAGGGGACCGCCGUGGCCAUCUGCAGACGCGUGGGCAUCUUCAGCGAGGACGACGACGUCUCCAGCAUGGCCUACACCGGCCGCGAGUUCGACGACCUCACGCCCGCGCAGCAGCGCGAGGCGGUGGUGAAGGCUCGCUGCUUCGCCCGGGUGGAGCCCUCCCACAAGUCCAAGAUCAUCGAGAUCCUGCAGUCCUACGAUGAGAUCACCGCCAUGACGGGCGACGGCGUGAACGACGCGCCUGCGCUCAAGAAGGCGGAGAUCGGCAUCGCCAUGGGCUCCGGCACAGCCGUGGCCAAGUCGGCCUCGGAGAUGGUGCUGGCCGACGACAACUUCUCCACCAUCGUGGCGGCCGUGGAGGAGGGGCGCGCCAUCUACAACAACAUGAAGCAGUUCAUCAGAUACCUCAUCUCCUCCAACGUGGGCGAGGUGGUCUGCAUCUUCCUGACCGCGGCCCUUGGCUUCCCCGAGGCUCUCAUCCCGGUGCAGCUGCUCUGGGUCAACCUGGUGACGGACGGCCUGCCCGCCACCGCCCUGGGCUUCAACCCCCCGGACCUGGACAUCAUGAGCAAGCCCCCGCGCAAUGCCCGCGAGCCCCUCAUCUCCGGGUGGCUGUUCUUCAGAUACCUCGCCAUCGGAUGUUACGUCGGCGCUGGCACAGUCGGAGCCGCUGCCUGGUGGUUCGUCGCUGCCGAGGACGGGCCCCGGAUUACCUUCUACCAGUUGAGCCACUUCCUGCAGUGCGGCGCCGACAACCCCGAGUUCGAGGGCGUGAGCUGUGAGGUGUUUGAGUCUCCGUAUCCCAUGACGAUGGCCCUGUCGGUGUUGGUCACCAUCGAGAUGUGCAACGCUCUCAACAGCGUCUCUGAGAACCAGUCCCUGAUGCGCAUGCCUCCCUGGGAGAACGUGUGGCUGCUGGGAGCCAUCUGCCUCUCCAUGUCCCUGCACUUCCUCAUCCUCCACGUGGAACCACUACCGAUGAUCUUCCAGAUCACCCCCCUCAACCUGACCCAGUGGCUGAUGGUGCUGAAGAUCUCCCUGCCCGUCAUCCUGUUGGACGAGCUGCUCAAGUUCUCGGCCAGGAACUACCUGGAGGCCGGUAAAGAGCAGGAGAAGCCCAAGGGCUGCCGCUUUGCUGCAUGCAUGGAGGGCAUCUCCUGGCCCUUCGUGGCCCUCUCCAUCCCACUGGUGCUAUGGAUCUACAGCUCUGACACUAACAUGGCCGACAUGUUCUGGUCUUGACUGACUCGAGCACCCCAGCACUGAGUUUUCUUCCGACACACCUGCCCCCCCCCCUCCUCCCUUCCUCACCACCACCGCCCCACCCCACCCCUACCCCAGUCUCUGCCUACCUAUGUGUGCAUAGCUAGUAUGUGUGUGUUUUGUGUAGGAGUAGAGUGUGUUUGUGUAGAGCUAGAGCGUAUGCUUGUGAAUGUUUGCUGAGUGUUCACGAAAAGGACCAAGUUUAACACACACAAAAACGACGUAACCUAUUAUCUAAAAUCGUGGCAAUGAGAAGUUAUUUGUUAAUUAUUUUUAUUUUAUUUGGAUAGAUGAGGCUCUAUAGUGGGUUCACCAAUGAACAUCACUCCCAUAGCUGUGGACGUAUACGCUGGUUCAAACGAGAAAACAAUGUAUCAGGUUUUGUGUUUGUUAUUGUCAAUAUUGCCUUUUUUUAAAUGUGUAUUUUAAAUGAUUUGGGAAUAUUUUUCAUCUCAUUUCACUACAGUAUCAAUUGCAAACUCCUGUGUUAUGUUAAGUCACCCUUUUCAUACAAAACUAGAUAUUCCUCAGCAGUACAUCGACCUGUACAGAGAUUUCACACUAUUUUAUGCAACGGUUUUUGUUCUGUUUUUGUAUUGCUUUGGUUUCUACCAAGCGUGGCUUAUUAAGAGCGCCUUGAUUUAUUUUCUAAUGUUAACCAUUGUGUCUUCAGUAUAACUUUAGAAGUCUUUCAGAGCCAACGGACAAAGAUCGUGCGGCGAGAAGGAUGGGAAAGGUUUGGGGAGUGAGUGGUUGAAUGCGGGAAAACAAAUGGAGACAUUAGUUAUCCUCUAAAAAAACUAAACUAAACAAAGGAAAGCUGCAUGUUCUGUGACCAAGCAUGAACUGUAUGUGGUUUCUUCAUUUAUUAUUUUAAAUUGACAUGCCCCUCCACCCCUCCCUUGAUAAUGUAAAAGCUACUUCCGUGGAUGUUAAGUGUUUAAAGAAGUAUAAUUUGAAAAGCCAGUUUUUCUGCAAUAGGCAGAGCACAGCUACCUCAGUACGACAAAUUUUGCUCCUUUAUAGAUGCCUAAUACGUGGCAUUCCACAGUCGAUAUUUAACAGUUCGUUCAAAUGACAGUAUACGAUAUGAGGUGUGCUCCUAUUGGCUUGUGCAGAAAACAAAAUCAUCCUAGCCUCAAGCCUUUUAAAAAGAAAAAAAAAAGUAUUUGUUAUUGUUAUUUUUCAACUACCAUUAACUUUAUUUGUGUUAAGAGACUGGCCUGGAUAUGGUUUAAUAAUACUAAUUUUGCCAUUUCUUGACGGCAAGGGGUUUGAUUCAAAGGAGACUGUGUUCAAAACUGCAAAAAAAAGAAAUAUAUAAAGUACUCUAAAUAUAAAACUUGGAUUGCAAGUGAGAUCCCAAAUGUAUUUUCCUCCAUCUUCUAUGAAAAAUACACUCAUGAACCCUUUGAAUCAAAGUGUUUUCUGUCUUCAUUUAUUAAUUCUAUAGGGGUCUAAGAUUAUUAGGGUUUUUGUAUGUCCAUACAAUACUGGAAACGGAUCAUGCACAGACUGAUGAAUGAUUCACCUUUACUUGACACAAACAGGACUGGCAGGGGCUAUUUGUAAUUCAAAAUAAACAGAUCUAGUGUAUUUUCACCCUUUCCAGGGGUUUAAUAUAUAGAGAUCUGUACUGUCCUAACCCUUUUAGUAUCAUGUACCCUUGCGUUGCCUCAUUCCAUCCACUCACAACCUCCGAGUGCAAAACGUAUACUUCUGUACAUAAGUCAAAUACCCUCGGGAACAGCAUGGUUUGGUGGAUGCCUGGGUUUCUUUGCAUUGUGUGUUUGGUUUACUACUCACAACUGUGAUUUCUUCUUCAAUGCCUUCCACUAGUGGGCCCCUGUCACUUCAGUGAGUAUAUUCCCUUUAUAAGCAAACACCGUAUACAUAUGACAUUACACGAUGUACCAAACACCAGACGCCUAACGUUACACCAGCUGAAGUCCUCCACUUUUUUGACCCAUACUAUAAACCACUGAAUGAUGCUGUAUGGUACAUGGUACUUUUAGGUAAAAUUGAAUUGCGGUUUAAAGGCCCCAAUUUUGCCAAAGGGUCCCCUUUACCGACACAGCAACACGGUGUAAGCAGCCACCUGAUAACUAGUCGGUCAGAAGCCUCUUUAGCUUAGUCCCAUCUCCAUCACGCUUCACUCUAUUCACUUUUUUUAACUUUUUUUUUUUACACCUGCUUAAAAUCACAAUGAGUAUCCAGACUGAUGUUUGUUUUUUUGGUUUAACCAAAUUGUAUCAAUGGAAGUUGAUCUAGUUUGACUAAUUGUGUGUCAUUCCAUAGGUUCGUUCUCAUAAAGAAGUCCAUUCCAUGCACCGAAGAUGCAAACGUCCAAUAUGGUAAACGGCAUACAUGUCAACACUGUCAUAAUCAGCAGAUGAAGGAACAUGUGGUAUGAUUGUUUUUCACCGUUGGCUUUCAGAAUGAAGUGCUGCAACGUGUUUCCCUGUGUUACCUGUUCCCACAUAUUUACCCCACGCAUGUUUUCCAUUUAUCCGGUUAAAUGCUGUUUUGAUGACAAGAGUAUCGCGUACAGCCUACGGGGCAGUACGCAAGAACCCUGACGUUCAUCCUUGCAUGAAGAACGACUAAAACCUUUCCAAAUUCUCGACUUAAAGGACACUGUUUUUUUUUGUGUGGUUAGUUUUAUAUUCUUGUAGGCCUACUAUACACUGUUGUGCACGCGCUUUUAGCUGUAAGUAUGCUUGCGAUUUAUAUUUAUAGAUUAUCUUGUACAAUGCAAUAAAAAGGUACGUGAUUGGUUUUACAGAGGAAGAUACAUCGUUAUAGGUAACCACUGUUUUUUUUAUAACAAUGCGUUGAGGACUUUGCACAAAAUAUUUAUCAUGGAGAAAUGAACGACUUGACUUGGUUGAACAAAGAAUGACGGAUGGAUGGUGAUCACUGAUCGACUUAACCUUUAGCAUUUGAGAUCAUUGACACUCCUUCAUCGGUGUCUUGCAAUACAAUACUGUGGGUCGAUUGUUGAGUGUACUCUUGUCUGCAUAGUUUUCCACCAUACAACUCAAAGCGCAGUAAAACCUAUUGGAGAGAAGGGUACCUCCUCACGACCUUGUCAAAGAAAAAUAUCAACCGUAUAUGUAAAACGAUCAUUAUCUGCGCCUAACAAUGAUUGUCCAUGCAUUACUGCAAUUGUUCCAGGUAAAUAAAAACCUUUAUGUCUCACUGCCGUGUUCCGUUUGUCCUUUCACCUAUAAGUCAUGUAAGAUUAAUAAAAAGGGCCUACAAUGAUUGUUUUCGAGUACGUCGUUUGCAUUACAGAGCGGUAAUCGAUUUUAAAGAAAUGUAAGCGUUCCAUUAUAACUGUCCCCCGUAAAUGUGAUAAAAGACCCAUUUGUCAAGAUCAUUGCACUGUCGCAACUCAACCACUAGGAGUCAUUGUUGAGUCAGAU